AUGACUAGCAGUGUAGAAAACUAUCAUUACGAAAUGAUGGACACUUCGUGGACGACUCAGCUUUGGAAGGCUGCCUUGGACCAACAACUAACGGAUGUUGAAAUAAUUGUCGGACCCAUUAAACUGGAAGCACACCGAGUAAUUCUCUCCGCUCGUAGUCCCGUAUUGAGUGUCUUGUUAGACAGCAACGAUCAAGCAAAAUCUUCUAUGGUUAUCGAAGAAAAUAUGGAUAUUGAUGUUGUGAAGCACUUUUUGAAGUUUUUGUACACCGGUUGUUUGGAGAUUUCCGCCACUAACAAGCAGCUUCUUGAACUUGCAAAAAUGUACCAAGUGGAGACAUUGAUGAAAAUUUGCCAAGUCGCCAACUGCAUUUCCCCGGAUGUCACUUCUAAACUCGAUGCAAGCAAGGUAGACGCCCCCGACAAACCCUCUGUUACUUUUCAAAUGAAUCUUGAAGUCGUGGAGCACUUUUUGACAUAUCUAAGCACGGGUUCUUGGAAUUCAAGCGUCAUCAAUAUCAGACAGAUAACUGCGUUGGCCGAAAUGUACGAAUUGGGAACCUUAAAAAGAAUUUGCGAACUCAACAGAAAUGUUCCUUUGGAUAUCGAUGAAGUUGCCACCUUCCUCCUUACCACUUUAUAA